AUGGUGCUCGCUCGCUCGUUCGGCACCGUAGACAAGUUCACGCACAAGUUCCCUCGCCUCCGCGGGUUUUCAAAAUCGGGCAACCUGCCACCAGACUUGGCUGAAGAAGGUGCAGGGUUAGGUGUCGAGCGCGUCGGUCGCUGGACGGCCUCCAAGUGGUUCCUCCUCUUCUCCGUCCUGACCGUCUUCGGAUACGGAGGCGUGGGCCUCGUGUGCGCUCUCAUGACCUGGUUUCGCACCUACCAGUACGCCGACGUGACGUACGUCGCCGACUACGACCUCCUCGUGCUCCUCACCCUCGCCUCCUCCAUCCUCCUUCUCACCGCGCUCAUCGGCCUCGCGGGCACGCUCCUCAACUCGCGCCCGCUCCUCGCCGUGUACGCGCUCCUGCUCUGGCCCGCCUUCGGCGCCAUCCUCGCGCUCGGCUACCCCACCUACAAGCGCUACGCGUUCGCGCUCGACCGCAAGCUCUCCCUCGCCUGGUCGCAGUACUACACCACGCGCGGCCGGCGGACGGUCCAGGACGCGCUCGGCUGCUGCGGCUUCCUCAGCGCCGCGCACGACGCCGCCGCGAGCCCGCGCUGCUACGCGCGCGCGGCGCUCCCCGGCUGCAAGGGCGCGCUGUGGCGGGUCGAGCGCGCGGCGCUCGCGGCGCUGUGGGGCGGGGCGUUCGGCGUCGUGCCGCUGCACAUCCUCAACGUCGCCGUCGCGCUCCUGUGCGCGAACCACGUGACGCGGACGUUCGGGAAGGGGGUCACACCGAAGCGGUACCGGCUCACGGCGGCGGACGUGCGCGCGGACGCGGAGACGUUGGUGCGUGCGCUCGCGGGCGUCGCGCGGCCAGACUUUGCGCGGGCGGGGACGAGUUCGACGUUCCGGGAGGACAGGAAGCCGCGCCUGUUUGGCGUUCCAUAG